GGGGGCUGUGUUAGUGGGUGGGAAGGUGGGGGUGGUGAUGAGGAGAGAGAGACUGAUCCUCUGACAUCACAUUGGCUCUUAUAAACUGAGGGAAUGGAGCCCACUGCACUUCACAACCAACCAGAAAGCUGCAAGGAAGGGGAAGCGUGCUUGGAGCUGGAAGAGAAGAAGAAGAAGAAGAAGAAGCAGCAGCAUCAGCACCAGUCCUCCUCUUCUUCUGCAGCCUCUUUAGCUGUCUGAAUCUGACCUUUAACCUUAUGGACUAGAUCCUCCCGCAGGUGAAUUCUUCAGCUUUGGGAUCCUUUUUUUCGUUGGUUUUCUCACCAAGAUGCAGGCACAGUUGGCGUGUGUGCUUCUCCUCUGUUUCAUGUGUGGUGGACUUUGUACAGUGACAGACGUGGACCAGGACCAGCGAUCGCUGGAAGAGGAGCUACUCAGCAAUCUCUUCACUUCUAAGAUGAAACAGAAUAAGCAGAGCGCCCCCUACUGGCGCGUCUCCCUGGCCAACCUGUGCCGGAUGGUGAGCGGGCUGCGGCAGCAGGCGGCGAGCGGCGAGGAGGAGGAGGGAGGAGAGCUGCAGCUCCUGGAGGAGCUCUACAACCUGCAGCUCAUCUGUAGAGUGCUGCAGAGCAGGGAGGAGAGGCUACUCCAUGACUCUCAAGAAUAUUUAGAGGAGAACAGUGACACUCCGCUGAAACGAAAAUCACCCUACAUCCUGAAAAGGCAAACAGCGCACACCACCAAGUCCCGGAGGCCAUACAUCCUAAAAAGAAGUACAAUAUACUGACAACCAUCCCAGAGGCAGACGUGACAUUUAAAAAGGACCAGACAAUAUACUUUUCUGUGAAGAUGUGAUUGUGUUUUCGUCUCUUUUCUCGUAGCUGCAAUGUUUGUCUGUUUUUUUUCUUUUCCCAUUGUCGUUUUAUCCAGUCAGACCCUUCGAUUGUAUGUCCAGCAUUGAGGCCUGCCUGUAUCCUGCUCCUUUCUAACUAAAGGUCCUGAAAAUAAAAAUCCUGAGCAUCAAGCAAAACUAUAUUUAUUUACUCUAUUUCUUCACUGCACACUAAGUCUAUUUUGUUUCAAGAUAUGAUUAAAGGAUUCAUGAUACAAAACCAGA